AAAAAUUCAAACAUAAACCAAUCAUGGUGUUUUGUCCGUAGGAUAAUAAGAUGAUGAAUAUAAAUUGUGCAAUUAGUCAAUAUAGUAGUAGUAAUAAUAAUAGUAGUCUUAUCAAUAAUAAGGAUCAAAAAGUGAGGCAAUCUCUUGGUGUUUCCAAAGACCUCAAUGUAAGGGCGGAGAAACUAAUGACCAACUCCCUCAAAAAACUGAACAUCAACCACGUAUGAGUCCAUGAAACCAACGGGUACCAAUACUACACGUCUUUACGGUCUACCAAAAGUGCACAAACCGGGUCUUCCUCUUCGCCCUGUUUUAGAUAUGUAUAACUCUCCAUUUCACGGAACAGCGAAGCUGUUAGUGAAGAUUCUGGGUCCUUUGCACAGAGAAAUCGUGCAACGUCGAAUUAGUGAUGUCUUCGACUUUAUUUCUAAAAGAUCCGAGACUAAUGUGAGGUAUAAACGCAUGUUAUCCAUGGAUGUAUCAUCACUAUUCACUAAUGUACCGCUUAUGGAAACAGUAGAUUAUAUUUGUCAAGAAAUCACCGAUAGGCAAUUAGACUUAGGAAUUCCCUUGUGUAGCCCCAAAAAAUUACUUCUUAAAUGCACAACGAAUGUUCACUUUUUCUCCAAUAAUUUAUACUAUCGACAGGUAGAUGAAAUAGCUAUGGGUUCACCAUUAGGCCCAAUAUUAGCUGACUUCUUUCUUGCAAAACUUGCAAACGUGAAAUUGAAGGACAUCAUCAAGGAGUUUGAUGUGUAUUGCCGAUAUGUCGAUGAUAUAUUUAUCUUAGCUGAUGGGAACUGUUGCUGAAACUCAACAAUAUCCACCCCUCGCUUACCUUUACUUGUGAAGAGGAGCAG